AUGGCUCCACAGCAGAAACACUUGUACAAAUUUGAUCAAGCUCUCCCACCCAUCAAAAACCAGGUAAACUCAAACUAUCAGCCACCCCUGCCUAGCCCAGACUCUUCUUUUCCUAUAUUAGCUAUUGUUGUACUAAGCAUCAUGGCUACAGCUUUCUUGCUAGUGAGCUACUAUGUCAUUGUUGUCAAAUUUUGCUCAAACUGGUACCAAAUUGAUCUGCUGUCAAGGUUUCCUAUCUUUCGAGCUCGAGAAACGGAGGAUCUUCUUACAGCCUUCUCUCCAUCAAUUUGGAACCGGGGGCUUGAUGAAUCAGUCAUUCGCGGAAUCCCAACUGUUCAAUUCAAAGGAGGAGAAGUUGAAGAUAGAAGUGUUUGUGGAUGUGCAGUUUGUUUGAAAGAGUUUCAGGAGCAAGAUACACUAAAAGUUCUUCCCAACUGCAGCCAUGAGUUUCACUUAGACUGCAUUGAUAUAUGGCUUCAAAGCAAUGCAAACUGCCCUCUUUGCAGAACAAGCAUUUCAGGUACUAUCCGGUAUCCGACUGAUCAUGUCAUAGCACCAAGCACUUCACCUCAAGACUCUGAGUUGUUUUCUCAUAGCUUCAUGGGUAGUGAAGAAGACUUUGUAGUAAUUGAGUUGGGGGGAGAAGAUGGUGUCAUUUUCCACCAAGGCAGCAACAAAGAAAUGAUUAUAGAAAGUCAUAGAACAGCCUAG